UGGGUGACACAGGUAAUAUGACCCACUAACCAAACAGCGCCUUAAGCAGUAGAGUUAGGAUCGCAAACCCAAUCAAAGGAACGAACGACCGUGUUGUCAUGCAACUAAGUAACACUCUCUUUUUUCACCUUUAAAAACAAUCCAUCAAAUUCAAUCAAACAACAAAAAUCCCCAAUUUAAACCUAUCGCUUUUUCCGCGAUUUCAUUCAAACUUCUCAUUUCUGUUUCUCUUUCGGGAUCUUACAUCGCUUUUCUCCCCCCUAACAGGUGGCUGAUAGUUUGAUAAAUUGAAGCUAUGAAGCCUGGAAUGUCUACUUUGAAUCCAUAUGCAGCUGCUUACAUUCCACUCUCAAAAAGAGAGGUGGAACCUGCUCUAAUGUCCCCGAACCAGCGCUACCACAAUUCUUCUUUUGAAGGAAGUUUCCGUUCUCCUGUAGAACAAUUUAGUCAAGAUGUUUUCUCUGUGAGGAACCAGCCUCACCACAAUUCUUUUGGUGGAUCAUCACAGAAUGUGAAUGUAGGAUUAGAAAAACAGAUUUUGGAUGAAGAGUUCGACAUGGAUUUGGAUUUUCUUCAGAUGACAUUUCCUAAUUUCUCUGAGCAGUCACUUGCUGGUGUUUAUUUGGCAAACAAGGGUGACUUAGACGCCACUAUUGACAUGAUGAACCAGCUUGAGUUUCAAACGAUCGAGUCUUCUGAGAGUCUUCCAGAUACUUUGGAUAUUGGCGAUGUUUCUGAACCUGGGUCAUCAGAUCACUGUGCAUCAUUGAAACUGAAGAACAUUCCAGGCUCAGCUGGAGGCUCAUCCGAGUCUGCGGAUACCCAGGUAAGAAGUAUAUUAAAUAGGGAAUAUUCCCAUGGGAACACAAGAGGUACAUAAUACAGCUAUGGUUGUAUAGUUCUCAGAUGCUUGGUUUCUUUCUUUCUCUUUGACAGGCCAAAAAGCCAGUCGUGUCGGUAUAGCUUAGCUUGCAGCUUGAACCUCUCUAAAAAAUGAUAGUGAUCUUCUUUGCUUUGUUUCAUUUUCUGCUAUAUUUUUUUUCUUCCUUUCUCUCUUGUUUUGUUGCAAAGGGCAUCAGAUUAUAAAAAGUCUUACCUAAAACUACUACGAUAUGUGAUGUGAUGAUGGGGUUGAGUUGAGUUAAAUGUACUGCAGUUACAGUAUUAUACAGUUUGUUGGUCGAUGAUCAAAUGAGUGUUCUUCAUGUACUCUUUAUAUUUCAGUAAUUGAAGGCCCUCUUACUACA